AUGAAUUGGAAUGAAGCAGCCGAUUCUUUUCGGGCGAAGGUAUUAAGGAGCGGAUUGUUCGAUUCAACACCACCAACCAUUCCAUCCACUUCUCAGGUUAACAGCCAAGCAAGUACUAUCACAAAUCUUUACUCUUCUACCAGCUCUUCCUCACCACAACAGUUUUUGUUUUCAAAUAUAAGAAGGGUAAAUGAUCAACAGCAAUUAUAUGCAACAGGAACUCCUUCAUCUAAAUUUCCUCUUAAUGAUCAGAACUUUGUAUUUUCCCUUCCGGUAGAGAGGCCAUCAAUGACCACUCCUCUUAAAGAAAACUUUUACAAGGGCACUUCUACCUCAAAUGCGUUAAAGUUAAACGAUAGAUCUGCAUCGGAGACGGAUCCGUUUAAAAACUCAUAUCUGUCUGCUCGACUGCUGGAGGAAGAGCAAAAGAAAAAAGAAUUAGUGUUACAGCAGGGGAAGAACGAUCUACACAAAACCAUCAACAUUAGCCCCGCUCUAAUCUAUCCAAACUCAAGCUCUCCUUCCAAGGUUUUUAUUAAUAAUAACUCUGGAGAUUCUUCUCUUCAAGCUUCUUCGUAUCUUUCGUCAAACAAGAAUUUAUUUGGAAUGAGAAUACAUGAACCAAAAGCGAGCUCUGGUUUCGUCCCUUCCAGAAUUUGUAACAUUGACCUUGUCUACGAAAGAAAUUCCCCCGAAGUUGAAUUAGUUAAACAAAAGAUCCAUGAACGAGAAGUUAAGACACAAACUCCAGACUUUGAAAUUGAUGUUGCAGUUCAAACGGAAGAGUUUCCUUCUGGUUUCAAUGAGCAGAGAGAUAACUUUGUCAAACGUGUCGUCAAGAUAAAGGACAAGGCAACAACGACAUCAAGUUUUAAAGAAGAGGAAAAAAAGAAUAACACCCUUCCAACAGCAGAAGCUUUAAACACAGAAUGGAUCAAUGCGAGGUUUAAAGUGGAAGAACACUUGUUCGAGCAAAACAACGACCAGUCGUCUGCUCCAAAAAUGUCCAAGUCCACAGGUGAAAAUGCUGAAACCCAAACCCCAAGUCCUUCAAAAAAGAAAAAGAAGAAAACCAAGAAAAAGAAAGCAAAAUCAUACGAUCUCUCGCAGUUUUUGUCUGAAUAUGAAUUUAAAGAAGAGUCACGUUCUCCAGGUUCUCCAAGUUUUCCACACAAGGUUUCAUCUGGGACACAAUCAUCUCCUCAAGUGGAGAGAAGAGAGGAACGAGAAAAGCAACCGGGGAUCCAUACGUCACAUGCAUCCACAUCUAGUCCCAACACUUCUACUGAGGAAAUGGAAAUGCAUCAGCUCAAAGAAAGUAUUCAUCUUAAUGAUAAUCAUGGCGAUCCAUCUAACAUUUCAAAUUUAACUCACCAAGACAGAGAAGUGGAGAUAUUGGAUGAAGCCAUUGCAGUUCCAGUGGACGUUCUUCAACACUCUCCUGAGAAGCAUGAAAAGAAGGAGGAUCACAAAUUAAAAGAGCAUUCCAGAAGCGGAGAAGAUGUAAAAGAGACAAAAGACUCGAUUGCCAAAUUGGAUGUGUCCGUUGAUCUUGUUCAAAAUAAUGGUGAGGAACUCUUUAUCUCGAAUCCCCAAAGAAGAGAUGUGGAACUGGAUAAUAAUCGACCAGGCCUUCAUCAGGAUCAGUUAUCCAUCAAAGACCCCAACGCGCCUCAGAUUUGCAAGCCUUCUCACCAAGAAAUUAAUUCUGUUCAACAGUUGGAAAUAAUGAGAGAAAAAGCUUCAGUCGACAAGGAUAGCGACAGCAAUUACUUUGAAAAAAAUUUGGGAAUGCAAGAAGACAUGCCUAUUGUAAGAAAAGAAGGAAACAACGAUUCAUCUUUAAUUGAAGGAUCAGAUGAGCAUGAACACGUUGCUGAUAAGUUUGAGACAGACAAACAUAUUAUAAACCAGGACAGCAUGAAUAUCAUUAAUCAUGAUGUUCAGCAUGUAACAAACAAAGAAUGUAAAGUAGAGACAGGUGGUGUUAAGCAGGAGAAAGGAGAUUUAGAAGAUGUGUUGGCAGAAAUCAAAGAACAAAGUAAUGAUACUCUUGAAAUUCCAUCUGUGGACGACUCUGAUGUUAAUGGUGAUGUUAUGAGGAAAACUAAUGAACCACAAACUGAACCGCAAUUUGAUGAAGGCAAAACGCAACUUUUGGAAGACAAAUCAUUUUCAGAAUUUUCAGAAUCUCCUCGUGAGACAAAUACAUUGAAGAAAUAUACAGAAGUGGCUCAAGAGAUUCCUUUCAUGCAAGGAAAGUAUACCGGAGAGGUUGAAAACGGAUUGCCUUAUGGAUAUGGAACCUAUUGCUCAAACGAUGGUACACUUUAUGAGGGAGAAUGGAUUCAAGGAAAGAGAAACGGAAAAGGAAAAAUACAUUAUCCAGACGGCUCCAUUUAUGAAGGAGAGUUUAUGGAUGAUUUGAGACAUGGUCAGGGCUGCUAUACUACUCCCAACUAUGUUUACGAAGGUUCAUGGGAAAAUGACAAGAAAAAUGGAAAUGGGGUUAUUGACUACGGCUUUGGAGACAAAUUUGUUGGUUAUUUUUCCAAUAACUUUCCUGAUGGAAAAGGCCAAUAUUAUUUCAGUGAUGGGUCCAAAUAUGUUGGAGAAUUCAAGCACGGUUGGAGACAUGGAAAGGGUGUAUUAAAAUAUGCAGAUGGGAUCACAAUAUAUGACGGAGACUGGGACUCUGACAGAAGGACAGGAAAUGCAACAAUAACCUACGAAGACGGUGUUUAUACUGGGCAUGUUAAAGAUGGAAAAAGAGAUGGACAUGGAUCAUUUACAUACUCAAAUGGAGAUGUUUUUGAAGGGCAUUGGGAAAAAGACAAGAAACAUGGUAAAGGAAUGUACUAUUUUGGAUCUUUAAAAUCUGGAACCAAUUUUAAGGGAGAAUGGAUUGAAGGAAAGAAACACGGAACUGGUGUUAUGACCUCAACAAAAUUCAUUCCUGUGACUCCUCCAAAGAAAGGUUUCCGACCUAUUUCAACUUGUUUCGAAGAGGUAUGGCAUGAAGGGCAGUUGAUUCAAAAGAGAUUGUUGUGA